GUAAGAAGAAGGAGGCGCUGAAAGUGGCGGCCCGCUGAGACGGUCUUGAGCGCGUCUCGCCUUCGUUGGAGAUUCCGUCCUGUUCCGGAAGAGGAUGAGCAGCAACCAAUUCAACAAGGGCCCCAGCUACGGCUUGUCUGCGGAAGUCAGAAAUCGGCUUGCCCAGAAAUAUGAUCCACAGAAGGAAGCUGAGUUACGGGUAUGGAUAGAAAACCUCACCGGGAGGCAGAUUGGCCCUGAUUUCCAGAAAGGGCUGAAAGACGGUGUCAUACUUUGCGAAUUAAUAAACAAACUACAGCCUGGUUCAAUUAAGAAAAUCAACACCUCCUCUCUCAACUGGCAUCAGCUGGAGAACCUCUCCAACUUCAUCAAGUCCCUACUUAGUUAUGGUUUGAAGCCUGUCGAUCUGUUUGAGGCCAACGAUCUCUACGAGAGUGGAAAUAUGACUCAAGUGCAGGUGUCGCUCCUUGCUCUGGCGGGCAUGGCGAAAACAAAAGGCAUUGAAAGUGGGAUGGAUAUCGGAGUGAAAUAUUCGGAGAAACAGGAGAGAGCCUUUAAUGAUGAAAAACUCAAGGCUGGACACUGUGUCAUUGGUCUACAGAUGGGCACCAACAAGUGCGCUAGCCAGUCAGGAAUGACCGCCUAUGGAACCAGGAGGCAUCUCUAUGAUCCCAAGAACCAGAUACUACCUCCAAUGGACCAUUCCACCAUCAGUUUGCAGAUGGGUACCAAUAAGUGUGCUAGCCAGGUGGGCAUGACGGCUCCAGGAACCCGCCGGCACAUCUAUGAUUCCAAGCUGGGCACAGACAAAUGCGAUGACAGCUCCAUGUCCCUCCAAAUGGGCUCUAACCAGGGUGCCAACCAGAGCGGGCAGGUGUUCGGUUUGGGCCGCCAAAUCUACGACCCCAAGUAUUGCCCCCAAGGCAACGCUGGGGUGGCGAGCAACGCAGCCCCCAUUGAGGAUCAGAACUCAGCCAACUAUUAUUAUUAUCAGGAGGACCAGUGAACUGGAUGUAUUCUUUCCCUUGCCCUGUUUUCUGUUCUUUUCCCAAACCAUCGCUGGGCAAUUCCUGGCAAAGUCCAGCAAUUCUGCAAUGUAUGUAUUUUUAAUUUUUUUCAAAAGAAAAAAAAAAGAGUUGUCCAAGCUGCAUUUCCCUUCUACCCCUCAAGGAUAGGAACACACAAAAGUGUUUAUCCUUUUUUUUUUUUUUUUUAGAAAGAGAGUAAAGCUGAUCUUUAAUGUUACAAGGGUUAGACAAAGAACGUGCGAACUUUCCCUGAUGCCCAAACUUACCUCUAGAAACUGGAAAGAAUAAAGAUUGCUGUAUUGAUUUCACACUUCCAAAAAAAAAAAAAUCCACACUAUCCUGAACGAUUUAUUUAAAUUAUACGUGUGCAGAUGAAGAGGGUUGCCAAAUUGAACCUGGUAUAUCCAGAAAAAGGAAGCCAUUUCCAAAACCUGAAAAUCAUAUUUUACAACUGUAGUUGGUCGCAAUGCCGAGCUAGAAUUUUUUUAAAACUAUGGUUUGUCGAACAAGCCAGAGAUCACGGGAAUCUUCCUAAUGCUCCUACAUCUGGCUUGUAUAGCUUGCAUUACCCUAGUGAAAUUUGGUGGGGUUGGAAUUGGUGGGGUUUGUAUACCGGUAUUCCUCGACUUAUGACCAUAACUGAGCCCAUUUCUGUUGCUAAACGAGAUUAUUAUUUACUGAAUUUUGCCCCGUUUCACGACCUUUCUGGCCACCGUUGUUAAGUAAAUCACCACAGUUUUUAAGUUAGUAACACAAUUGUAAAGUGAAUCGGGUUUCUGCGUUGACUUCGCUUGUCAGUAAAAGGUGAUCACGUGACCCCGAGACAUUGCAACCUUCAUAAAUAUGAACCAAUUGCCAAGCGUGCAAAUUUUGAUCACGCGACCAUGGCGAUGCCACAGUGGUGAUAAGUGUGAAAAACGGGCAUAAAACACAUUUUUCAGUGCUGCUGUGACUUUGAACAGUCACUAAAUGAACCGUUGUAAGUCGAGGACUACCUGUAAUGCCCCACCUCACCUGGAGCCUUAGCCUGCUUCUUCCAAAUAACAUCAGGAGGCGUUGAAGGAAAAAUAAAACCACCUUCCCAAAAACCAGAUGUUUUCCUCACUUCCCAUUCACCUCUGCACAGAAUUUUUCCUGUUUUAAUUUCCAACCAAUCAGAAUGGGUUGAUACCAGGCUGGAUGGACCAAUAACAAGAGCUGAGAUAAGGUACUUUCAUUUCCCCACCUCCAUAAUAGCAAUAGCACUUAGAAUUAUAUACCGCUUCACAGGGCUUUUACAGCCCUCUAAGCCAGGGGUGUCAAACUCAAUUUCAUUGAGGGCCGCAUCAGGGUUGUGUUUGACCCCGGGGGGCUGGGGUGGGUGUGGCCAGUUUGACAUCACUCGUGUCGGGGGCGCCUGUGGUGGCCCAAGCGCUCUACCAGUGAAAAUGGGCUCCCGAUCUCCGUUUCCGGCUGCGACAGCCUCCUGCAUCCCUCUGCCAGAAAAAAUGGAGCUCUGGAGGGUCCUCCUGAGCUCCGUUUUUGCCGGCAGAGGUACCACGGGCUGGUCCUUCGCUAUUCCCAGGGCAGCCCCACGGGCCAGAUGCAGCCCGCAGGCCGUGAGUUUGACACCCCUGCCCUAAGCGGUUUACAGAGUCAGCAUAUUGGCCCCAUCAAUCUUGGUCUUCCGGAAAUAGGUGGAAAGUUUAUUCUUUCUUCCAAGUGCUCAAGGGGAAUUACUCUGAUGCCCUUUAUGUAUUUUAGGUGACCAGCUCUAGGCUACAUAAAUCCAGACUUAAGGGUGAAAUCCAGCAGGUUCUGGCGGAAAUUUUGAGUAGUUCGGAGAACCGGCAAAUACCACCUCUGGCUGGCCCCAGAGUGGGGUGGGAAUGGAAAUUUUGCAAUAUCCUUCCCCCAGGAAUGGGGAGGGAAUGGAGAUUUUGCAGUAUCCAUCCCCUGCCACGCCCACCAUGCCACGCCCACAGAACCGGUAGUAAAAAAAAUUGGAUUUCACCACUGAUCCAGACAACAGCUUAGAGGGCAGCACAUACAUGCUGGAAACUUAAUUUUUGCUGCGAUCCAACUGCUUUCUGGAUUUGCAGCCCUGCAGUUUGAUUGCAAAGGUAAAUUUGAGACCUUCGUGGCCAUAACAGAAUCAUGUAAUGGAUAUUGAUAGGCUUUUAAUUCAACCGCCGAAAUCUUCUUUGAUAAACAUUUCUAUGCUAUUAAAGAGAAAUGGAUUUGCUACCUUCACCAGCUUGAUCACUAUUGGGGAUAUGAAACCCCUCAGUUCUCAGCCAGCUCAACUGAAAAAUCCUGUGCUACUUGGGAAAUCCAUAAAUUGCAGCCUAAUAAUCUAGACUGGAGGGAAAUGGCGUGAAAGGUAUAAAACUGGAAUAUUCUUUUGGGGGGGAGGAUUGAUAAUUUGCCCAACAGAGUAGAAGCUUCAUUACCUUUAAAGGUGUCCAAUCUUGGCCACUUUAAGAUUCAUGGACUUCAACUCCCAGAAUUCCCCAGUCUGCAUGAGGAAUUCCAUGACUGGGGAAUUCUGGGAGUUGAAGUCCACAAGUCUUAAAAUGGCCAAGGUUGGAUAACCCUGAUUACCUUAAACUAGUUUAGUGAGCAAACUAAUGCUUUUCUUUCCAGAAUAUUUCCAUAAUUCUGUCUAGACCCUUGGCAUGUUUUCAUUGUCACCUUCAUUCCCUCCCUCUUUGGAAUCUGUAUCAGAUUUUUAAUCCAAGGUGAUGAAGUGUAGAAAGUAGAUGCUAGUUAGGAUCAUCUUUUUUUUUACUUAUGGCACUUAAGUUUCAAAGAAUUUUGUGAUUUAAUUCACCGUUUCUCAACCGUGGCAACUUUAAGAUGUCUGGACUUCAACUCCCAGAAUUCCCCAGCCAGCCAAGUUGCUAAACUGGCUGUGGAAUUCUGGGAGUUGAAGUCCAGACAUCUUAAAGUUGCUAAACUGGCUGUGGAAUUCUGGGAGUUGAAGUCCAGACAUCUUAAAGUUGCUAUGCUUGAGAAACAUUGGUUUAAUUCAUCCUUGAUCUACUGUUACAAAAAGGAGUUUGAACCCAGAUGAAACCUCUCUCCAUUGUCUGAUAUUCAGUUAUAUCGAAUCUGUUCGCCUUUCUGCAAGUAAAUGAUUGACCACUUUUUCAGAAGCUAGCUACUUGUUGAUAUCACAGGGGUGAUGCUGGAUUUGAAUUUUUUUUACUGUUUUUUAUACUGGAAAACUAACAAUGUGUAGAAGUCGGUCUUCAUCAUUUUUAAGAUUUGAUUCUGCAAGGGUCACUGAUACUCAAGCUACAUCCAUAGGGAUGUAGAGAUUUCAUGUUGCAAGAAUGGGGGUAUCUAACCUGUAGAGGUCUAGGAGCUUGAAAAAAAGCCUUCAGAAGUCAAAUCCUAUUUUUCUCCUCUGGCCCCUCCUCAGUUUGAUAGGACUUAAUAUUCCUUUUUUGUUUUCCUGCUGCUAUACAACGGAUCAAGGGACCAUGACCAAAAUAAAGCUUUUAAGUCUAGGUACCUGCAUACUACAUAAAGGUCUUAGGGACUAGAUACUUAGGGACUAAUAUAUUUAAACAUCAUUGCUUUUUCAGACAUUGGAUAGUUGCCUUAAUUUUUUUAUAUGCUGGGGAAAAAAAGAAAUCAUGAUUUCUUUGCCAUGCUGGCUUUCUUAGCAGAAAUGAAUGUUUCAUUACCGUAUUAGGUAACAUGCUGCCUAGCAUGGAUGAUGUUACCUAGUAGGGUAAUGAAACCUCUGCAAAAAACCCCACCAAGCUCAGAGAGCACCAAGGACCCCACAGUUCAACCCUGAGCUACAAAUACUAUUGCUUUCCAGCUGAUGUGUCGGUCAAGAAGUAGAGAUAGCUCUAAUUUGCACACCCUUGUAUUAGAAAAUUUAGACUUUCAGGAUGCCACAAAGCUUUUGACUGUGGACAAUGUUUCUGUAUGAAUCGUCUCUGGCAUUUUGACUUGCCCAGGGGUGCAUUUUGUGAAUGAAGGUAUUUAAAUCUCUUAAAAGCCUGUAUUUUUAACCCAGCUUCCCUCUAUUUUAAUAAUCAAUGUUCUUUCUUUUAAAUAAAAAAAACUGGAUCUGCUCUUCUGUAACGACAUAGAUUGAGCUACAGUACAAACAUUUCUCUGGCAGAGAAGCCGACGCAGAACGCAUGCUGUCUUAUCUUAGAAAUAGUGGUAGGACUGAUGGACAAAAUGUGAACCUGCAAUAUUUGAAUUUAAAUAAAAGGGCUUCAAAAGCAAAAA